GCAGCACUCGUCUAAGUACGGAGCAUUUCGCAGGUCAACAACCAAUCCAACGAGGAAUAUUUCUCGUAGCGAACACUUUUGAUAAAUGGCGAAGCAGUGUUUGUCAAGAUAGUUUUGUUUACAAGAAAGUAAUAUCGGUGCACUCCAGCAAUAGAGGAUUUUGGUGUCUGUUCGGAGGUAGAUGAAGGUUUUAACAUGUCACGAAACCACAAGGAAAAGUACGAAGGCACCAAUUCACGGAGGGCACACACAAUCAUGUCUCCAGAGGACGCAGCUUCUGGAAAGAGAUCUGAUUGGACGGAGUUGGAGAUAACAGGGACUAUUCGCAACCUGAGUCCAAAUUUAUGGACAUUCACACACCUUACAGCAUUGUACCUGAAUGAUAAUUGCCUUUCUCGAAUUCCUCCAGACAUUUCAAAACUAGUGAAUCUUCGUACACUCGAUCUUUCAAGCAACAAAUUACGCAGCCUGCCAGCUGAAUUAGGAGACCUAAUUUAUCUCAGGGAACUUCUGCUGAACAACAACUAUCUACGGGUUCUCCCAUACGAGUUGGGGAAACUCUUCCAGCUGCAUAUUUUAGGACUCCAGGGUAAUCCUCUGACAAAGGAGAUCCUAGCCAUGUAUGGGGAACCUAAUGGAACUCAUCGGCUGCUGACCUACAUGCUGGACAACUUACAAGAGGGCAGCUAA